CUUCAUCAUCUUCAUCAGCUCAAGCCUUCUCCUUUAUCAAUCACAUCAAACCCUUCCCCUACCCUUCUCGAGUUCAGUUCUCUUUGUUUCUUACAAGGCCAACAUGGGAGUCAUCACCUACUCGCAGGAGAUCACAAGUGUCAUCGCACCAUCGAGGCUGUUCAAGGCUAUGUUCCUCGACUCCCACCAUAUCCUACCCAAGAUUGUUCCUGGGGGCAUCAAGAGCAUUGAGUUCAUUGAGGGAGACGGUGGAGUUGGUAGCAUUAAGCAAACCAACUUCGGUGAAAGCUCCCACAUCAAGUACACAAAGCACAAGAUUGAUGCUCUCGACGUAGGUAGCUUUUACUGCAAAUAUACCAUGAUCGAAAGCGACAUCAAGUUCGACAAGAUCGACUGCGUCGUGGAAGAAGUGAAGUUCAUCGCGGCUGGCAGCGGAUGCGUCUGCAAGAUGACUAGUGAGUACCACGUCAAGGAAGGUUGUGAGCUCAAGGAGGAGGACAUCAAGAAGGGCAAAGACAAAGCCAUGGGACUGUUCAAGGCUGUUGAGGAGUACCUCGUGGCCAACCCCAGUGUUUGCGCCUAAAUGCUUUUCUCAAGAUCCUUUCUGAGUGAUGAUAGGGUAAAGUGAGUGGAAAGUUUGUAUUGUAUCUUCUAUUUUCCCUUUGACUCUGCCUCAGAACAUCUGGGCGAGGAAAGGUUUUUUAUCGUGUGUAUUGGUAUGUCAUAAAGGGUUUGAAGGUUGUGGGUAAGGCCAUGCCAAAAAAUAAAACUGGAAGGAGCAAUGAGCAAUCCGAUAAAUUAUGGAUUUUUCCCAAGAAAA